CACAAUUUUUUCAUGGCAAAAUAUCAAGAAGAAUUCUCUGGUUUUCUUCAAACUACCUCAUUUUUCUCUUUACAAAACUUCUCAUCUUUCAGAGGUUUCAAUGGGUUCAAGGCAAAGGAUUCCUUCUCGAUCAGCAGCGAGUUUUAGAAAAAAACAAGCAGAAUGGUACUUCACCACAAGAUGUUCCCACUGACAAGCCGUUGAAACUGCGUCUCAACGUCGUUACUGUUUUGGUGAAGCCAUUUGUCAUGAUCAGAAGAGGAAAUGUUGGUGAGCCAGAGCAUCAGGGGAAUGACCGCUUCGAAGGCUACUGCAUCGACUUGCUGAAGCUUCUCGCAAAGAAUAUUUCCGGCUUUGAAUACAGCAUAUUCCUUUCGGAAGGAAACAAAUAUGGAGCUCGACAAGCUGACGGCAGUUGGGAUGGAAUGCUGGGUUAUCUUCUGAAUGAGACCGCUGAUAUAGCUGUAGCGCCACUCACAAUCACACAAGAGCGGGAGAGAGCGGUAGACUUCUCAAAACCGUUUAUGACAACUGUUCAUGAAGAAGCACUUUUCAGGGAUUUCAAUAAUGAUAAAGAAGCCGGAAAAACAAGAAUUCAACAUCUUUUCGUUUCACUAACAAUAUUUUUGGUCUCCUCCUUCUCACCAUAUGAGCAACGCGUGCAAUUUAAUCGUGGCGAAUUCUCAGUUUCUAAUGAAUUUUCAAUGUACAACUCAUUAUGGUUCACUUUGGCAGCUUUCAUGCAGCAAGGAACAGACAUUCUUCCAAAAGCCCUCUCAGGAAGGAUUGCCUCAUCUGCCUGGUGGUUUUUCACACUAAUCAUUGUAUCUUCCUACACAGCAAACUUGGCAGCUUUCCUAACUUUAGAGAAGAUGACACCUCCAAUCGAAUCUGUAGAAGAUUUGGCAAACCAAAACAAAAUUCGCUAUGGAGUGGUAAAAGGUGGAUCAACUGCCGCUUUUUUCGAGGACUCCACUGUUCCGUUGUAUAAAAAGAUGUGGGACUUCAUGUUUGACGAGCACAACAAAUUCUUGAAGGAUCAAGUGUCCGAAUCGGUCUUUGUGGACACCUACGCGGAGGGCAUUGACCGAGUUAGGACUAGCAAGGGAAAGUACGCGUUUUUACUGGAAGAGACCACGAACAACUACGAAGGUGGUCGCAAACCCUGCAACACAAUGAAAGUUGGACAGAAUCUCAACACACUCGGAUAUGGAAUAGCAACCAAGAUUGGAAACCCACUAAGGCAUGAAGGUUCAAUCAACUUGGCUAUAUUGUACCUUCAAGAGAAAGGAGAGCUCAAACGGCUAGAAAACAAAUGGUGGUAUGAUCGAGGGCAAUGCGACCAAGGCAUAUCGGACAGUGGAGCCAGUUCUUCGUUGAAUUUAUCAAAAGUUGCUGGUAUCUUCUACAUACUCAUGUGUGGUAUGGUGCUAUCGAUGUGCACAGCACUAGUGGAAUUUGUUGUGCGAAAGAGAAAAGAAAACGGGGAGAAAGAAAAGGCAAAAAAUACGGCAUCACUUGACGCUGAGCUAACAAAGUGCAAAACUCCAUUUAGAGAUCAGUAG